AUGGCACUGCGCCUCUCCUUAACCCGCCUCGCUAAACCUAUCUGUGCAAGUAUCAACUCCCAAAUUGUAGCCACUAAUUACACCAGCAAACCACCAGAGAUACCGAGCAAAGCAGUGUUAGUAUCGAACAAAAGUAACGAAGCUCCGCCCCUUGUUCCCUCCCGUAACCCUAACAUCGGACUAGAUGAAGGUUGUUGGCUUUGUCAGAACAACCUACAAGACUUUGACUACAGAGAUGUGCUUGUUUUGGAACAGUUCAUCAGAGACCAGAAGAUGAAAACAGCAGAGGAGCUGGGUGUAUGUACCAAAAUGCAACGCAAGCUAAAAUCAACAAUUCGUAAAGCCAUGAAACACAGGUUACUACCAGAAGAUAUCUUAUCUGAGGGGGAGUAUUGGUCAUUAGGCCCCGAGCGCUCUCAGCCGAUAUACCACGACACUGAAGAAGAAUAUGGCAUUAAGUUUGCUGAUCUGUACCCUGAUGAGCAGAAGUACCGAAACUUCAGGCUAGGUCCCAUUGUUCACCGGAUAAGCAAGCACCCUGUGAGUGACAGCCCCAAGUGUCUGGGGUGGCAUCACUUUAGGAAAAGUGAGAAAUCUUACCGCAGCAAACACUGGAAAAGGCAUCUCAGGGAAAGAGAAAACAUUAAAUAGUUCUUAUCUCGAAGUGUUCGUGGCCUUGUUUACAAUACUUUCAGUUAAUUUGUUAGUUUUACGUCGUGAUCUGAGCUCGCACGUACAACGUACGACUCAAACUGAAAACGUUACAGUUUUGGUUCUCUGGAUUUGGAGACAUAAUUAUAUUAAACGCGGACUUUAGAUAUAUGUAAACUGUUUUUUCUGGUCGAAGCUCGUACUUCGUUGUUAGUUCUAAUCGAGUAGCUGUAGAAUUUUCAAACAUCAAAGUAACUUCAUUUGCAAUUUGACUGAGUCCAUUUGAAAUUCCUUCCAGCAUAUUUUUACAUUAUGUUAACAAUAACAUCCGAUCCCACUAAAUCGCUCGCCUCAAUUUUUUUAAAUUAUUGUGAAAAGGCCCUGAGUGUAUGACAAUGGCUUAACGUUGCCUGUUGGCGAGCGAAUUAGUAAUAUCCAUUAACAUCACUAGCUAGGGCUUACCAUAAAGAGAUGAUAGAAGGUCAGGGACCAGGGUGGGAACUUCUAACUAACUUAUUGCAAAUUCAUGUUUUACUUUGUGUAAACUUCAUUUCUUGAUUGAAUGCUUUACCC